AUGAAUAACGAGUACGAUUAUUUAUUCAAGUUAUUAUUGAUUGGAGACUCAGGAGUUGGUAAGUCUUGUUUGUUAUUAAGAUUCGCCGAUGACACUUAUACUCCAGACUACAUUUCAACCAUUGGUGUUGACUUUAAGAUUAGAACUAUCGAAUUAGAUGGUAAGACCAUCAAGUUACAAAUCUGGGAUACUGCUGGACAAGAACGUUUCAGAACCAUCACGUCGUCAUACUACCGUGGGGCACACGGUAUUAUUAUCGUUUACGAUGUCACGGACCAAGAAUCGUUUAAUAACGUCAAACAAUGGUUACAGGAAAUUGACCGUUAUGCUACAGGAGGUGUUAUGAAAUUAUUGGUUGGUAAUAAGGCUGAUUUAUCCGACAAGAAGGUUGUUGAAUACACGGCUGCUAAGGAGUUUGCUGACGCAUUGGAUAUCCCAUUUUUGGAAACGUCAGCAUUAUCUUCUACCAAUGUUGAACAAGCUUUCUACACCAUGGCCAGACAAAUCAAGGCUCAAAUGACAAACAAUACAUCAUCAGGAAACGCUAAUAAUGCUAACAAUGGUAAAUCAAACGUCAAUUUAAGAGGUCAAUCCUUAACUUCAAACCAAGCCAACUCGUGCUGCUAA